AUGGCGGACUGGCAGAAGGACGCCCUUACGAGCAAGAGAAUUCUUUGCGUCGGCCUUUGCAACAUCGACAUCAUACAGGUGUGCGACACGUACCCGGAGGAGGAUUCCGAUCAACGGUGCCAUUCUAGCCGCUGGCAGCGUGGUGGUAACGCAUCCAACAACUGCACUGUACUGGCGAAUCUCGGAGCAUGCUGUGAAUUGCUCGCUUCUUUUAGCGAUUCGGAAACAUUCCGGUUUGCGCUCGAUGACAUGCGGAAGCGGAAGAUUGUGUUCGAUAACUGCGUGUACCAUCGCGAUAAGCAGGUGCCACUGUCUACCGUUUGGCUUAGUCUGGCAUCCGGCACAAGAACCAUCGUGCAUAGUAACCCGGACCUGCCGGAGCUUACACUGGAGGACUUUAAAAACAUCAAACUAGCCGAAUAUGCAUGGAUUCAUUUCGAGGGUAGACGAAACACACCGGCAAUUGUUGAGAUGAUACAGUCCAUCCGCUGCUGGAAUGACGAUCCGGAAAACCAACACUCCAAGGUGAAAAUUUCCGUUGAGAUGGAAAAACCACGGCAUUCAAAUCUGGAUCUGUUCGUUGAUGGUGUUGAUGUGGUGUUCGUUGGGAAAGACUUUGCCCGCUUUCUUGGUCAUGAGAGUGCACACGAUACGGUACGAGCGUUGAAAGAGUCUCACCCCGGUCCUUACACCAUCAUUUGUCCGUGGGGAUCGAGCGACACGGUAGCGGUGAAUGAGUGUGGUAGUUGGUACAGUCAGCGAACCUAUCCACCUGCAGUGAUACGCGACAGUCUCGGUGCCGGGGACACCUUCGUGGCGGGUUGUAUCUUUAAGCUAUCUCAAAACGAGCGCUCACUGUCGACCGUGUUGGAGUUUGCAUCGCGCUUAGCCGGCCGCAAGUUAUGCCAUUUUGGGUUUGAUGAACCUUAA